ACUGUAUUUAAGUACGUGCGGAACAACAAUAAAAUGCGAAUAUUCGGCUAUCUAUCUAAAAAAGUUGGUGAUCUAACCGUGAAAUAUUCAAAUCUCCCAGAAUCAUAUAUAAAACGGAGUUAUGAACAGGUUUAUUGGAAGAAUCCUACUGGUUAUCCCCAAUAUGCGAAAGCUCAAAUUGCUCGUAAACGGUAUCGUUUUACUACAAACAGACCAUGGACUGGACAGUUCCAGCAACAGAACGAAAGAAAUACCCAUAGGAAAAAAGUAUUUUUAGAGCCUAUCGCUGAAUGGAGCUUCUUCAAGGGAGAUCGUGUGGAAAUAAUGGUAGGAAGAGACAAAGGCAAGCAAGGCAUAGUGUCACAAGUUAUACAGGAACGUAACUGGGUUAUUGUUGAAGGGCUUAACACGCACCUGCGAGUUAUGGGUAAAACCAAAACCUUCCCUGGAGUGACUAUCCAAUCAGAAGCACCUCUGUUGGUGACCAAUCAGGUGAAAUUGGUUGAUCCCGAGAGUCUCAAACCUACUGAAAUUGAAUGGCGAUACACAGAAGAGGGGCAAAAGGUUCGUGUAUCAAAAGCGAGUAGCAGAAUUAUUCCUAUACCAAAGAGUGCUGAGGAAACCAUGGACUUCAAGAGCAAAGCACUGUAUAUAGAGAAUACAGAGAAGGACACAGCAGCAGAUGAAGUGACAAAGAUAACAUUCGCACCGAAGCUUCGGACAUUCGAAAUGGAUAUUAUGGAAGAGCAAGGCAUCAAGGAAGACAGGGUGCCAGCCAAGUCAUAUUGGUAUUAGUAAUUAAUAAAUUAAUUAGUGAUUCUGUGCAAAUAUAACUUGUUCAUUAAUGUAUUAAAAUGUUUUAUUG